AUGUUCGAUUAUACGAGCUACUAUUCUUCGUGGCGUACGCAGAUCGAUCUCGUAGCAGUGGGUGGCAGGCCAAGGGUGACAACAAGCAGCAGCAGCAGCAGCAGCAGCAGCAGCAGCAGCAGCGGUAGUAGUAGCAGUAGCAGUAGUAAAAGGAGGUGGAGAAGGAAGAGGAUGAGGACGAGGACGAGCAGUAGGCGAUGGAGGAAGAGAAGGAGACGAAGGAGGAAGUGGAAAGCGAAGGAGCAGGAGGAGGAGGAGAAACGGUCGGUUGAGACGCGGAGGUGCAGGCGAAGGAGAGUGAGUCCGGUGGGUUGGGUUGGGUUGGUUUGCACCAGCACCACACCAGCACCGACAUGGUUCCAAGCGAAGUAG